GUCCUAUGAACUAUUGUCAUCAGAAUCUCUGGGACCGAUGGAUUCCUUCUCCAGAUGAUUUUCCUCACAUGAGCCUUUGUUUCCCUAGGCCGAACGGGUAGAUACAUGCGAGGCGUUUGCAGUUUGUAUGAGCAAAGCUACAUUCAACAUGAUCUGCGAGGAGCUCGAACCGGCGGUGAUGAAGAAGAACACGAUGCUUCGAGAUGCGAUCCCGGUCCGUCAACGCGUGGCGGUUUGUAUUUGGAUAAGUAUAGCUAGAUUUGAAGACAACGAUCACCCUUCUCUGUUUUUGCAGAAAUAAUUAGUUUGAAUUUAAAUUUAAAUUUAAUAGAAUCGAAUAGGUAGUAAACAAUGGUUUGGGCUUUGCUUCCCGUCGAUCCUUCUUCAGGCAAGUAAAGCUUAAUUGAAGUGCUACUAUUGCUUCAUUUUUGUGUUGCAUUAUUUUCAAGACUGAAACCCUAUUCCAUUUGGGCAGCUGAAGAAAUAGGAGAAGAAGAUAAGUAUUAUAUUUUCAAGAACGAAACGUAUACUGUGGGUCGAAAAGGGUGUGAUGUCAUCAUUCACAAAGACAAGGGCGUGUCCAGAAUCCAUGCUCACAUAAUGAUCGAUGGAAUGACUCAAUCAUCUCAAGUUACAAUCAAAGAUUUGUCGAAGUACGGGACAUUCAUUAACAAGAAUCUCACUUCUAACAAGAAAGUUCAUCAAUUUCCUAAUAAACAGACCUCUCUGGAAGAUGGUGAUCUUCUUUCUUUUGGAACUGGAAAUGCAACCUUAAGAUUCUCUUAUGUGCCACUUGUAUUCUACAUCUGUUGUGCUGAGGCCUCUCAGAUGAGUCAUUAUCUUGAGGACAAAGUUUCAUCCAUUGAUUAUUACAUUUGAUAGCUAUGGUGUUUCGGGUCAUUGCAACCAUGGUGAUGUGCAUCGUGGGGUAGUGUAAGUUAAAAUCAUUUCAUAUUCUUCAACUCAAUUGCACAGAAGUAACAUUUUAAUUGUUCAUAGCAUAAAGCAUUAGAAGAAAAUAAAAUGUGCUAUUGCCUACAUAUAACUAUUUAAUGA